GUCUAUUAUUAAGCGUUGAGUCAAUUUGUUUGCCUUUUUUUGUAUAUAAUUUUCAUUUAUUUAUUUAUUUAAUUAAUUUCCUAAUAAUAAUAAUAAUAAUGUAAUCAAUUGGUCGACAAAUAGUAAUAAUAUUAGUGUUCAAUGAGUGUCCAAACAAAAUCAAUUUUCAGCGAAAUGCUGGCCAAACUAGAGACUAAAUUACCGAUAAUUAGUAAUAAUAACAACAACGACGAGGACAACAACUGUGCGGUAAUCAGCCAAUUGUUCGGUACGACUAUCGAGUCGCUGGACGACUAUUUUCUGGUCAGACUAUUCAGCUAUUUGUCGAUUCGCGAAAAGUUGGCCAUCGAUCGUGUGUGCCGUCGGUGGCACACUAUUAUCAGACAUAUGGUCGAAAAACAGACGGGACUGUGUACUACCUGUCCGACCGAUGACGAUGCCUACUGUUUGGACGCUCAACGGGAUCAUUGUGUCGUCGGUGGCGAUAUACGACCGGCGCUCAAACAGACCAACGGCUGGAUGUAUGACUUGACGGAUAGCGUGUCCAUUGAUAAUCUGAAAUCAAUUGCCGAUAACUGUCCGUAUGUUAAAUGUCUGCAUUUGAGUCACUGUAUUAUUGACGCCAACUCUUUGCGCCAAUUGGUUGAAAUGUUUCCCGAUUUCGAGUGUCUUCAUCUCAAAACUUUUGUCUUGAAGUCCACAAUUGAUGACCAAAGCAACAGACGCUUUCUGGACGAAUGGACAGAAAUAGGUAAAGUAUUGGCGCCAGUCAUACGCCAUCUGUCCAUUGAUCCGCACUACGAGUUUCGGCUCAACGAAAGUCAAAUGAAAUGUCUAUUGCAAGACAUGAAACUAAUCGAAGAGUUUCGCUGCGGAACUCAUUUCGAUCGCGAAGUUGUCGGCAAUUUUCUAUCGAGUCUACCGAAGCGUUGCCGAGUUUUCUGUAGUUUAGGUCGCGAGAUGUCAAUCGACGGUUUGUCUCAUUUGGCCAAAAAUCAGGGCGAAGUGAUGACACAUUUGAUCUAUUUUUCGGUAUCCAUACGAACAGCUGAGUCGUUGAUCAAAAUCGGCCAAAGUUUUCAAAAUCUAGUAAAACUACGAAUCAAUCUAUCAUUUAAUGAGACAAUACUGACGUCUUCAUCACCGAUAUCUAGUUUGACUAAACUAAAAGAGUUUUCGGUAGAUAUGAAUACCUUUACAGAUACACACAUCGAUGAUGGCCUCAUUUGGUGCAUCAAAGACGGACUAAGUUCGCUGGAAAUGCUUGAGAUUACUCGCGCGUGUCCAUCAAAUCGGGCGUUUAGCGCUAUCGGCGCGUGUUUACCGCAAUUAAAAAAACUAAUACUACGAAUCGUUGAAAUCCAGUGCACGUGCGACUCGCCCAGCGAUCUGACUCGCGAGCGUACCGAUCGGUACAGUUGUGCCACUUGUCGUGAGGCCAGUUGGCUAUCGGUGGCUAACUAUAAUAAUCUAAAAGAGCUACAAUUGCUUAGUUUUUAUCAUCGAAUCAAUGCACCGAAAACGAUGCACCAGGAGUUUACCAAACAGUUGCCAUUGUUUAAACAGUUAAGACAAUUGACUAUUUUUAGAUAUGAUUUGUCACAAUCGGAUCUAUUGACACAAUUGAAUCACUUGAUGACCGAUACAGAACUAAAUGAUAUAUUUAGAUUGAAAUUAAAGUCAAUACCUAUUACCGAGUCGUUGAAGAUUAAGACACCGAAAGUUAUUAUAACUCGCGACUCAUUUAUGCUAUAGUUAUAUAAUGUA